AUGAUGUCUGUUUGUCUACCAAUUAACUGUGAAACCACCGAGUCAAUUUCACAAGAGGAGGAUCCGGGCGUGCUAAUAAGCGACGCUGAGCUGGACUCACCACCGCAGGCUCCCAACGGACAAUGUUGCAGGCCGAAGGGGACGAGCUUACGCGCCCCACGCAAGCCAGAGCGAGAGGGAGACAGUAGCGGACGGAGGCAGGCGUGGUUGGUGCGAGCGGCCACUAGCGAUCGAGGGGUGGCGCCGCGACGUGAACUCUGC